ACCCUAAUAAUAGCAAGAUAAACCAACCCUCAACCACCUUAACCACUCUCACAAUUACUCUCUCUCCUCCUUCAAUUUUUCAACCCAUCUCCACAUAAUUUCAUCUUUCCCUCCCUCACCACUCUCACUCAUACACACACUAUCAAACAAAACAAAUUCAAAAUCCCCUAUUGAUGGAUCUCAUUCCUCUAUCACCAAAAUUCAAACUUUAAACAACCAUAUUCUACCCUUUAUCCCAAAAAAACAAAAACCAAACCCACACUUUUCCUCCAAAAUAUCUCUCAUUUCCCCCUCAAAAUUCUAAAUCUUCCCCCAAAAAUACAAACUUUCUCACCUUCAAUGUGGCCACCAUGGAACAAAUCAACUUCCUCUUCCUUCUCAUGUUCCUCUUUCAAAGACAUUCAAACCCUCCUCAUAGACGAACCCUCCACUACAAAAUCUAAACCCUCUAUAUUCCACCGAGUCACACUCGCUAACAAGCUCCUCCGAGCCUGGUCGACUCAACCCAAACUCACUUAUUCUCCAUCUCCAUCCCCACACGACGACCCACGCGCCGCGCAACCGCGUCCUCCUCCAUUAAUCCCCGUUUCACAGCAGCGCGUGGUAAUCUACUUCACAAGCCUGCGCGUGGUCCGAACAACAUACGAGGAUUGCAAAACGGUGCGUUCCAUCAUGCGCGGUUUCAAAGUCGCAUUAGACGAGCGUGACGUGUCGAUGGACUCGGGUUUCCUCUCGGAGCUUCGUCGGGUCACGGGUCGCAAAUCCGGCUUAUCACUGCCACGUGUUUUUAUCAAUGAGCGGUACAUCGGUGGGGCCGGAGAGGUGAGAUGGCUGCACGAGAAUGGCGAGCUCAAGAAGCUUCUCGAAGGAUUGCCCGUAGCGGAUACGUAUCUCCACGCUUGCCACGUGUGCGGCGAUCAUAGGUUUUUACUUUGCGGGGAAUGUUCUGGUGCGCGCAAGGUGUACGCGGAGAAAGGUGGGUUCAAGACUUGUACGGCUUGUAAUGAGAGUGGUCUAAUCAGGUGCAUCUCUUGUUCUUGUUGACUACGUGCACCUACUCUUUUUUUAUUUGUUAAGAUGUUAGUAAUGUGUAGGACCCAAACAAUAUUUAAAAUAAAAAGGACAAAAUUGUAGGGCAGCGAAAAUUGUUGAAAUAAAAAUAUUGAUAUAGUUUGUUGGGUUGUA